AACAAAAACAGGCGCAUCUGAGUGCAACUCUGCGUUUCUGCAAGUGAAAGAGAGAGAGAAAGUGGAAGGAAAAAAUGGAGUUCGAGAAGAGGAAAGCAGCAACAAUGGCGGCCAUAGCAUCAACAGAAGCAGACAAAUCUCCAAAAGGAACAAUCGACGCACCAAUCAUACCUCUUCUCAACACCAUUAACCACCACCCUUCCUACUACACCACCUCCUCUUGCUCCGGCCGCAUCUCCAUUUUCUCUCACCUCCCAAACAAGCCCAAAGGAGGCACCUGGGCCUUCAUCUCUCACGACCCAGUGGACCCCACUUCAAUCCUCAACCUCAUCUUCCCACCCACCACCACCACUACCACCACCACUACCACCACCACCGCCGCCGAGUCGACCAACUCAGACUCGUCCGAGUUAGUGUUCCGAUUCGAGCCCCUGAUUAUUGCCGUGGAGUGCAAGGACGUGGGUGCGGCUCAGUUCUUGGUGGCAUUGGCUAUAUCUCGUGGAUUCAGGGAGUCUGGGAUUACUAGUGUGAGUGCGAAGAGGGUGAUUGUUGCAAUCAGGUGUUCUAUUAGGUUAGAGGUGCCAUUGGGGUGUAAGGGUGGGAUUAGGGUUUCCCCUGAGUAUUUGAGGUAUCUUGUGGAGAUUGCUAAUGAUAAAAUGGGUGCUAAUUGGAAGAGGACUCAAGGGUUUUUAGAGGGUUUAAGGAAGAACGGGUUUGUUGAGCCCAACGAUGCGGCCGAGGCUGAAGAUGGGUUGGUUGGGUUCAGUGAUGGUGUUGAUGUUGAUGUUGAGGGUGAAGAGGUGGAUGGCAAUCUAGAAGUGACUAAUUUGGACAGAGAUACUGGGCCACUGGGAAGUCCUGGCUCCAGCCUAGCCAUUAUUCCCAUUAAUGUUGUCGGAGAACAUUUAGAGAGGCUGUUCCUAUGGGGUCAUUCUUCUUGUACUAUUUGUAAAGCUGAUCGCAGUGAGAUUCUGAUAUAUGGUGGUUUUGGAGGCAUAGGGAGACAUGCACGUAGAAGUGACUGUUUACAGCUGGAUCCAUCAUCUGGCCAAUUAUCUUUGUUAGAUGUUAAGGGCUCUCCAUCUCCACGUAUGGGUCAAACAUCUUCAUUAGUUGGAGACUUAAUGAUAGUUAUUGGAGGCAGAACUGAUCCUACCAAUAUCCUGGAUGAUUUAUGGAUCUUCGAUAUCAUAAAAGCUGAAUGGAAAUUGGUUGGCAACAUCGGUGAUGUGUUUUCUCCAAGGCAUCGUCAUGCAGCUGCUGUUGUAGGUUCAAAUAUUUAUGUAUUUGGUGGACUUAAUAACAACACAUUGUAUUCUUCUUUACUUAUGCUGGAUGUGGAUACAUUAAUAUGGAAAGAGGUACAGGCUUGUGGAGAAUUGCCCUGUGCUCGGCAUUCACAUUCAUUAGUUGCUUAUGGUGAUAAAUUGUAUUUGUUUGGUGGAUACAAUGGUGAGAGAGCAUUGGGGGACCUUUAUAGUUUCGAUGUUCAAGACAAUAAAUGGGCAGAAGUAAAAACAGUUGGAAAGGGUCCUUAUCCUAGGUUCUCGCACUCAAUGUUUGUGUAUAAAAAAUAUUUGGGAAUAGUUGGGGGUUGUCCUGUCAGACAGCAUUGCGAAGAGUUGUCCCUGCUUGACCUAAACUCUUUCUCAUGGAAGCACGUGAUCUUGAAUUCAGUAGGCAAGCAAUUGUUUGUUCGAAGCACUGCCAACAUUGUCAAUGAUGAUUUGGUUAUAAUUGGUGGUGGAGCAUCCUGUUAUGCGUUCGGCACAAAAUUCAGUGAGCCAUCAAAGAUCAACUUGCUACCACUAUUAAUUCUUGACGAUGCUCCUGUGUCUUCUUUAUCUAAAGAGAAACAGAGCACACCCCGUCACAAAGACACUGUUGAGAGAGGAAACAACAGUUUUGGUUUAUUUCAUAAUGGAAGUGUACAAUCAUCUGAUCUGGGUACUAACUUGAACGUGGAUGACAAAGCACCAAGUAGAGAUGUUGGACAUACAACGAAGAACUCUUAUUGGGUUUUAAAAUUGCAAAAAAAGCACGCUAAAUUAGGGAAAGACAUACUCAAGAAGUUUGGUUGGCUGGAUCUUGGUCGAAAGGUGUAUUCCCAUGAAGAUGGUACUUGUAUAUAUUUCCCUAUUACUGUGAAGUUCAGUGCUAUAUUCUCUGAUGAGAUAUCCCAAAAGAGAGGGACAGUUGAAGGAUUAAAUGAACUUAAUAUGUCAAAAGAUUCCAUUGAUUCCUGUGCUACUGCCUUGAAUUUUCUAGUGGCUUGUGGUGCCACUAAGUACGUUGAUGAGUUAGUUGCAAUGAAGAAAACCUCUUUGUCUCCCUUGGAAGCAAUGAAGGGAGCUGUGGCUUCGCUACUGAAACAUAAAGGCCUACCUGAAGGGCUCUUAGAGGAGCUACCGACCAGGUGGGAACGGCUUGGUGACAUUGUUGUCCUUCCUAUCACCUCGUUCAGAGAUCCUUCCUGGGACACAAUAGGUAGCGAGCUUUGGUCUGCUGUUGCUCAAAUUCUUGGCGCUCGUCGUCUUGCUCGCCAGGGUCGUGUUGCUUCAACUGGAACACGGGAUAGUCGUCUGGAGAUCCUUGUCGGAGAUAAUGGUUGGGUUGAACAUCGUGAAAACGGAAUAGUGUAUUGUUUUGAUACCACAAAGUGCAUGUUCUCCUGGGGGAAUCUUUCAGAGAAACUUCGCAUGGCCCGUUUGGACUGUAGAGGGGAAGUCGUUGUGGAUCUUUUUGCAGGAAUCGGAUAUUUUACAUUGCCCUUUCUAGUAAGAGCUCAUGCUACAUUGGUUUAUGCCUGUGAGUGGAAUCCCCAUGCUAUUGAGGCUCUUCAUCAUAAUCUUCAAGCCAAUUUGGUGUCUGAUCGUUGCAUUGUAUUCGAAGGAGAUAAUCGCCUUACAGCUCCUAAAGGAGUUGCAAAUCGUGUCUGUCUUGGUCUCCUACCAUCCAGCGAGGGCAGUUGGGUUACUGCUGUAAAGGCAUUAAGGUGUGAGGGCGGCACACUUCACAUACAUGGGAAUGUGAAGGACUCGGAAGAGAAUCAAUGGACACAACAUGUCACGGACUCUAUCUCUGAAAUCGCUAAAUCUGAAGGUCACUGUUGGAAUGUGGCGGUGGUGCAUUUGGAGCGAGUGAAGUGGUAUGCCCCUCAUGUUCGUCAUCUUGUUGCUGAUGUAAGAUGUGAAAAAAUUCUGAAUUGAAGAUAUUCAAAUGUCAAAUGUGAGUUGCAAAUUUGAGAGUCUGCUAUACUACCAAAUCGCCAGUCUGCUUCACAGGUACAGGUGAUUUUGGAAUCAGUACAAUGAAGCAUGUAAGGAUCUGUGCUCUCAUGUGUUUCAGUCUUUCAGAAGACGUAUUUGCAAUGUUCAGUUAAUUCUUUUUAGUUAGAUCUGUAGCUAAAAUCGAAGUUAAGCUCAAGAUCAGGUAGUUUUACGUUGGAUGUGUAAUUGAUUAUAGACAAUUUAUGUGCUUAUGAUCCAGUUAUAUGCAUUUGUCAAUUGUAAAAUGUAAAUAAAGUAGAACAAAUAGGAGAUUAUGGGAGAUAUUUAAGACUUGGGUUUUGGCAAGAAAAUCCUGCAUAGAAAAUGUUUUAAGAUUUGAGUUCAUUUUCUGAUAUUGGUGAAACAGUAUGCUGCUUUGUUUGGAUGGUGUCCCGAUUCAAGUUAUAUGAGUGCUGAUUAUUCAGUUUGGUUCGGAUUAUUUUAACUACUCCCUCCGUCCCGGAAUACUCGCAACGGUUUGACUUUUUACACUAUUCACAUAAUUCACUUAGACCCUAUUUUAUUCAUAGUAUAUGAAAACAAGUGCUAGCAUAUGAUAUAUUGUUGGCUUCAUCUUUAUAUAUAUUUUCAAAAUAUUAAUAGUUUAUGAUUUUUAUAAUAUAAUUAAAAAUAUUAAUAGUCAAAGUUGUACAUUAACAAACGUGUCCAGUCAAAACGUUUCGAGUAUUAAGGACAGAGGAAGUAUAUCGUAACCUUAUCAUGAAAAUCAGUUAAAUUUUAGGUCGGUUGUGUUUAUAUCACCCCAAUUUUGUAGGGUGUCUUUUGGACAUAACUUGACCAUUAAUAUUUUUAACAAUCGUUAGAAAAUGUUUUAAAAAAAAAGACAAAUAUAUUUGUACAGUUUGGUUAGUUAAUCUGACUCAAUUUAAGGGAAGUAGGGUAACAUGGCCACCAUGGGUGCUUUCAAUAUUUUUAAGUAUUUCGUAAAAUUAUUGAUAACACCCAUGAGCCCAUGUAGACAUGUAAUAUUACUCCGUACUAAUUAGUCUAUACUCCCUCCGUUCCUUAAUACUCGACUUAUUUUGACUUUUUGCACUAUUCACAUAAUUCACUUUGAUCCUAUUUUAUUUCUAAUAUAUGAAAACAAAUGUUAGUAUAUAAUAUAUUUUUGGCUUCAUCUUAAUAUAUAUUUUUAAAAUAUUAGUAUUUUUAUAAUAUGUAGUUAAAGAAAUUGGUGGUCAAAGUUGUGCAUUGAAAAACGUGUCUGGUCAAAACAGGUCGAGUAUUAAGGGACGGAGGGAGUACUCAAUAGGAGUGAUACCAUGUUUGCUUGGUUUAGUUGGUAGGGAAUUCAUCAUAUCGCGAUUUUGAUUCACAUUAACCGAGUAAUAUUUGGGAGUACGAAAAUUCCCCGUGUUCUUAAGAGUUGACUAGUGUAGUUGGACUGAUCAAUUCACUUUAGAGUUGAGAUAGAAGUUAGUUUAGUAUGGUCAUUUAUCUUACCAAUUAAAAGCAAAAAGAAAUCGGGGUGAUUGCAAAAAGUUGUUAGGGUCAACUUAGAGUGAGUUUAUCUCUCUUGCAAUCCAAAACUCAGAUUUUGCCACAUAAGUUUAUUACUAUGGAGUAACUUUUACCUAAUUUUUUAUUAUUUAGGCUCACAUAAAAUUCUCCAUAUUUUUGCAAAUUAUCCUCAUACUCCCCUUAGUCUUACCUAAGCUCCUAACUUUUUUUAAUGUUAUAUCUAUUUUUUUGGUAUAUUUUCUAAAUAAAUAAAAAGAUAAUUAAGUGUGAUGAUAUGACAUGAUUUGAUUUGGUUGGUGGAAAAAAAAAUGGAGCUUUUAAUGAGUUUUGGAUUUUCAAACCUACCUCCAUGCUUACUUUGAUAUUUUACCACAUUAUCCGAAAAGUCUAUUCAAAAUUCUCCUCUAUACUACGGAUAAACUAGUCAUUAAACUCUAUUCUCUUCAUGUUAUUUUUUAUUGCUUAUCACUUAUUUAGAUAGAUCAUAUAAUACCAAAAAAGCAAAAAAGACUCACAUAAAACAUUCAGACUAGGCCAGACUAAACAACCAAUUCAGAGACCAAACCACCAAUUCAAAUCAGGCCAGAUCAGACCAUCAAGAAUCAGAUCAAUCUAGAAAACAGCAACAUCAGACCAGACUAGGUGAAUAGAACGAUGAUUAAUGAACAUUUUGAAGAUAUUAAUUUCAGUGACGCAACUGUUUUGAAAUGGAGGUAUGUCAUCUUUCUACAUAAACAAAAUGACAAUUUUACCCCUAUGAUCAUUAAUGAAAAUACUUAAACAGAAGCCAAGUGGCCACUUAUACAAACACCUUAUCACUUCAUAUGUACUACACUCAAGUGUCAAGUACUCAAGUCCCAUUAUUUAAAGAAGUGACAAAGGAGUGCAAGUGUGAGUGUGAGUGUGGGUGU